GAGUCUCUAUCUUGUGAACUGAGUCGCCCUGAGGCAGGUCCUGGCCCCAGUCUUUCUGCCACAGGACUCACUACUAAAGAAUCCAGUUACACGAAGAAGAAGCCCAGAAGAGGAAAAAAAGGAUUCAGAAAUGGCUGUGCCUCAGAGCCCUUUGACAUUCAGGGAUGUGGCCAUUGAAUUCUCUCAGGAGGAAUGGACGUGCCUGGACCCUGCUCAGAGGACUUUAUACAGGGACGUGAUGUUGGAGAACUAUAGGAACCUAGCCUCCCUGGGUAUGUCUUCUAUAUGUGGGAUAAAUGUAUUACCACCUAAAGAGAGCAGUAGUACAGAAGAAAUAUCCCCCACUGUGAUGUUGGAAAGAAAUGAAAACCAUGACAUUGAAGACUUUUGCUUUAGGGAAAUCCAAAAGAAUAUACAUAACUUUGAAGGUCAGUGGAGAGAUGAUGAAAGACAUUGCAGUGGAGUCCAUGUGACCCCUCAGGGAAAUCUCCCUGGUAGGAGAGAUCACUGUGAUAAGAGGAAUUCAGUAAACAAGCUUGUUAAUAUUCAGCUGGGAUUGAACACCCAGUCAUAUCUACCAGAACUGCAGCUAUUUAAGAUUAAAGAGAAAAUUUAUGAAUGUAAUCCCAUGGAUCCACCUAUCAACAGUGAUUUCUUGGUUUCCCCACUGCAUAGAAUUCCUUCUACUAUGAAACCCCACUUUUCUCAUGGACAUAAGUAUGAUCUUGCGGCUUCAUUAUUCCCACAAAAAGAGAAACCACAGAUAGUGACAGAACAUUACAAAUGUACUGAGUGGGACAAGGCCUUUAAUCAAGCGUCACAUUUGAAUAUUCAUCAAAUAAUGCAUGAAAAAGAGGAUCAAUUUAAAUCUGAUAUAUGUACCAAGGUGUUCAAUAAAAAAUCAAGCCUUAAAAUUCAUCACAGAGUCCAUGCUGUAAAGAAAACAUACAAGUGUAAUGAAUGUGGGAAGAUCUUCAAUUACAUUUCACACCUUGCCCGGCAUCAGAGAAUCCACACUGGAGAGAAACCUUAUAAAUGUAAUGAAUGUGGUAAGGUAUACCGUGAAAGUUCAGCUCUUACAAAGCAUCAGAGAAUUCACACUGGAGAAAAACCUUACAAAUGUAACGAAUGUGGCAAAAUGUUCACUCGGAAAUCAUCCCUACAAAGGCACUGGGAGAUUCAUACUAGAGAGAAACCUUACAAAUGUAAUGAAUGUAGCCAAAUGUUCAGUCAUAAAUUAUCCCUAGGAGCACACCACAAGAUUCAUACUGGAGAGAAACCUUACAAAUGUAAUGAAUGUGGAGUGGUAUUUAAUCGUGUUUCACACCUUGCACAACAUAAGAGAGUUCACACAGGAGAAAAACCUUACAAAUGUAAGGAGUGUGGCAAACUGUUCACUCGUAAAUCAUCCCUAGCACAUCACUGGAGGAUUCACACUGGAGAGAAACCUUACAAAUGUAAUGAGUGUGAAAAGGUAUUCUGUAAAGGUUCAGCCCUUGCACGGCAUAAGAGAAUUCACACAGGAGAGAAACCUUCCAAAUGUAAUGAAUGUGGAAAGCUAUUCCAUGCAAGUUCACAACUUGCACAGCAUCAGAGUAUUCAUACUGGAGAGAAACCUUACAAAUGUAAUGAGUGUGGAAAGGUAUUCCGUUUAAGGGCAUCCCUUGCACGGCAUCAGAGAAUUCACACUGGAGAAAAACCUUACAAAUGUAAUGAAUGUGGUAAGGUAUUCCGUGACUGUUCAGCUCUUAUACAACAUCGGAGAAUUCACACUGGAGAGAAACCUUACAAAUGCAAUGAAUGUGGAAAGCUAUUCCACGCAAGUUCACAACUUGCACAGCAUAGAAGUAUUCAUACUGGAGAGAAACCUUACGAAUGUAAUGAAUGUGGAAAAAUGUUCACUCGUAAAUCAUCCCUACGAGUACACUGGUGGAUUCAUACUGGAGAGAAACCUUAUAAAUGUAAUGAAUGUGGAAAGGUAUUUAAAUGUAUUUCAUACCUUGCAAAACAUCAGAGAAUUCACACUGGAGAAAACUUUAAAAAUGUAGUGAAUGUGGCAAAAUGUUCAUUAGCAAGUCAUCCCAAGGAAAGCACUGAAAGUUUCAUGCUGAGAGAAACCUUAGAAAUGUAAUGAAUGUUACAAGAUCUUCAGUCACAAUUCACACCUUGCAUGACAUCUACAAAUUCAUACUGGUGGGAAACCUUAUAAAUGUAAUAAAUAUUGGAAAGUGUUAAGUCGGAAUUCACACCUUGCAAAUCAUUGGAGAAUUCAUACUGGAGCUUAUAGGUAUGAUGAAUAUGGCAGUCUUU